UGCGCCGGAGGAUGGCCGCGCUGAGGACGGCGGCGCCGCUGGUGGCGCUGCUGCUGCUGCUGUCCCCCUGGUGGGACGGCGGAGGGGCCGCGGGCGGCACCGCAGGGCUGGCCGCCGCCGCGCCCCUGGCACCCAAGCGAAACUUUGCCCCCUCAUCUACCCCGCAGAAGACUGUAGCAAUAGUGCCGAUCGUUAAAGCGACCAUUACCAUUAUUCAACUAUGCAAGAAGGUAAAGUGGUGCAACAAAGCACUUAAGAAAGGAGAGAAGUCAGUUAAGAAGGUUAUAAAGAAGUUUAGGGAGUGGCUGAGACGUCGAAAAGAGAGACGUCGAAGAAGAAGGGCAAGACGGAGGAAGCGCAGGAGGGAACGACGGAAGCGCAGGAGGGAACGACGGAAACGACGAAAGCAGCGACGCAAGCGGAGGAGGCAGCGACGCCGAAAGAAGGUGAAGAAACUACUGAAGAAAUUGGGAUAGGAAGACGCUGACAACCAGAUUUUGGCAAUCAUCCAUGACACUGUGGGAUUUUGCGUAUUGAAUAAAACUGAAAUGAAACUGAA